AUGACGAACGAAGUGAUUCAGAACAAUGAGGUUGAAAUCAAAUUGGCACCACUGAAUGAUUCGAGAGAUGCUGAAGAGGUUGCUGAAACUCAACUCAAGUAAGUUGCCCAUAACAACCGAUCGAUAAAUCUUCAUAUCAUAACUUUGAUUUUAGGGUUUACAAGCGUCGUUGGAUAGUUUUGUUGACUGUUGCUUUAUUGAACAAUACAAAUACAAUUACAUGGAUCUCAUAUGCACCGGUUGGAAAUUUCGUCAACAAUUUUUACGGUUUGGGUAGCGCUGCUUCUUGGUUUUCAAUGGUUUAUAUGUUUUGUACAAUUCCGGUUGGUAUUUUUGCAAUGUGGGCUGGACGUGAAUGGGGUCUUCGAACUGCUGUAUUGAUUGCUGGUUGGACAAAUGGUAUUGGUGCGGUUAUUCGUCUCAUCUCUUCGAUGGAUUUCAUUCCGGUUGAUUAUCGCUUCCCAAUUGGAAUGACUGGUCAAGCGAUUGCUGCAAUUGCCUAUCCAUUCAUUAUGUUUUUGCCAACAAAAGUUGCCGGUUCGUGGUUCCCGGAUACUCAAAGAGCGAUUGCUACAACUAUUGGUGUGAUGUCAAAUCCAUUGGGUGUGUUGAUGGCGAAUUUGAUCAGUCCAAGCAUUGUCAAAUCACCAGAGCAGAUUUUGUUCUUGAACAUUUUCACCUGCAUUCCAUCGAUUAUUGCUAUGCUUCUAGCCACCGUGAGUUUAUAGAUUUUUGACUUAAAAAUCAGUAUUCGAACAUUGAUUUCUGAUGCCCUAUUUUAAAAUUAAAAAAAAAGGUCGGCAUUAAAAAUGAAUGAAAAACAAAAGCAGACCAGAUAAAAUUAACCCCCAAUAUAUUUCUUGCAGUUCGGAGUCAACAGAAGUGAGCCAAAGAUCCCACCAACCUUCUCAGCCAGCAAACCACAAAUGGAUUUUGUUUCUGGAAUGAAGAGCUGUUUCUCCUCAAAACAAUAUCUCAUUCUUUUGUUCGUUAUGGGUGGCGGUAUUGGAAUGUUCAAUUGUCUCUACACUGUCAUGUUCGAACUUUUGUGCCCAUCUGGUUAUACAAACACAUUCUCAGGACUUUGUGCCGCUUUGAUGAUUGUUGGAGGCGUUUUCGGAGCAGCUGCUAGUGGUAAGUACAUGUGAUAUUUCAAAUAUCUAGUUUUUUUCCUUUAUCAAAUAUUUUGCAAACAUCUCGAAAUUGGGCAGAAUUACAUAGAAUCAUCGAGCAUUUUUUUCAGGAGUAUUUGUUGAUCGCACCAAAUUAUACGAGGAAACGUUGAAAAUUGCAUUGGGAUUGGCUGUUGUCUUUGGUCUCACAUUCCUCCAACUCACCUUAUAUCCAGGCCUCAACAUUUUCAUCCUCGCCACCUGUCUUUUAUUCGGAGUUCUUGGUUUGGCAACAUAUCCAAUUGGAUUGGAGCUUGCUUCAGAAUGCACAUUCCCAGUUUCCGAAGCCACAUCAAGCGGUUUGAUUGUUUUGUCAGGACAAGUGCAAAGCUUGAUCUAUGUUUUCAUUAUGAAAAGAUAUACUAGAGAAUUGGAACCAGGGCGAAAAGAUGUUCAAACUUGCGGAGUACAAGGAGAUACUACUAAUAUUCCAUACGAUAACACGCUCUCAAUCUUGGUAUGUUUUUCUCUUGUUUUUUGAACAUCCUUCAAGAAAAACAUGUUAUCUUUUUCUAGAUCUUCUCAAUUUUGGCCGCACUUCUUGUCGUUAUUUUGGUUGCACUUUUCAAGCCAAUCUACAAACGUCUCGAAGCCGAACGUGGAAAUCGUGCCGCCACUGACAAGGCCAAAGAAAUGUCACUUUUGCAGUCGAAUGACAGAGUCAUCUUGCAAGCAGAUAGUGCAGUUGAACCACUUCAAGACCAAUUAUUUGUUGUUGCAGAUUAA